AUGGAGGAUGAUUUCAACAUCAUAAGAGAUCAACUCUUUGGGCAAACACCAGAGCUGAACGUUGUCUCAAUUGUUGUUAUGGGCGGUAUCGGUAAGUCGACUCUUGCUAGAAGUUUAUUUAACCAUCCAUCAGUAUACCAUCGCUUUGAUAUUUCUUCAUGGGUUACUGUUUCUCAAGCAUAUGAUGCAAAAGAAAUGCUUUUGGAUGUCCUAAGCUUUGGUACUCCAGGUGGGAAGGCAAUGUACCGCGAUAUGAGUGAAGAUGAAUUAUUGGACCAAGUGCAUAGAGAAUUGAAAAGGAAGAGGACCAAUUGGACAUAUGAUGAUUGGAAACAAAUUGGUGACAAUGUGAAUUCUCACCGUAACAGAUGA